AUGAUUGUCCCGAUCCGUUGCUUUUCUUGUGGCAAGGUCACCGGCGACCUGUGGGAGAAAUACAUGGCACUUCUCAGUGAUGGCAUGGAGGAAGCUGAAGCACUCGAUAGCGUCGGUCUUCAGCGCUACUGCUGCCGCCGCAUGAUUCUCACUCACGUCGAUCUGAUUGAGAAGCUCCUGAAGUACAACGCCAGCGAACGAGAACAAGCCCGCGCGGCCCGC